AUGGGAGCUCAGAAGAGCAUCCACGCUGGCAGAGCCAAGAUUGAUGUUAAUGUGGAUUUCACUCACAAGCUUUGUACUUCUUUAAUGUUUCCUUCUUUCAGGGAUACUAGCAGUCCUCUUUCUCUAGUUAUUGGCAGCCUCUGUAUCAAACAUCCAAAUUUGUUUGGAGGAAGCGAGAAGCUUGAUGUAUCAUGGGAUAAAGGGCUGUAUGAUUCCAAUGUACUGGUGGCUUUUAGGAGACCUAGACCUGAAUGGCGUCCGCAACAGUGCUUCUUCAUACAGCAUUCUCUUUCACCCGAGAUAGGGGUCCACGGCACCCCAGUUGACAAUUUUUCCCGGUCAGGGAGCGGAGGUGUGAAUCUGUCGAAAUUGGCACAUGUGCGUCCGAUAAAUGAUGAUGGACGCUCAAUUACGAGAGAUCUGGAUGGGUUUCCUAUAACUUGCAGUGGAAAUACCCAUGACAGUAUGGUAGUUUUAAAGCAAGAAUCCCGGUUUGCAAAGGCUAGCGACCAGGGUCUUUCUCAUUUCAGCAUGCAAAUAGAACAAGGUAUUCCGGUUGUGUCCAAGUGGCUUAUCUUCAACCGUUUUAAAUUUGUCGCAUCAAAAGGUGUCAGGUUGGGACCAGCUUUUCUCUUAGCAAGCCUGACAGGUGGUUCAAUUGUAGGAGACAUGGCUCCUUACCAAGCAUUUGCCAUUGGUGGGCUAGGCAGUGUUCGGGGAUAUGGUGAGGGUGCUGUUGGAUCCGGGCGGUCAUGCCUUGUUGCUAAUACAGAAUUGGCCUUGCCUUUGAACAAAAUGACAGAAGGGACCGUCUUCUUGGAUUGUGGAACAGACCUAGGCUCAAGCCGCCUUGUCCCUGGAAACCCUUCACUGAGACAAGGGAAGCCAGGGUUUGGGUACGGAUUUGGGUACGGACUACGGUUCAAGUCUCCGUUGGGUCACCUUCAGGUUGAUUAUGCCAUAAAUGCUUUCAACCAGAAGACUCUUUACUUUGGUGUCACCAACCUUGCUUCAUCAACAUAG